AUGCUGGAUGCAGUGCAGCUCGUGGCGUUCGCGCCGCUGAGCCUACUGCUCGGCGUGCCGUUGGGGGUUCUGAAGGAGAAGCUGCGGAAACAUUCGUUGAAGCGCUGGCUGCUGGCGCUCGCGCCGUUUGCCCUCGCCCCGUUGUUCUCGACUCGUGACGGUGCUGUGUUGGCGGGUGGCUACUUGGUGGGGAGAGCUUUGGGAGCGUCGUUGGUCGGCGUUGGGCUCACGGGCGGCAUCGCGACUGGCAAGAGCACGGUCUCCAAAGCCUUUCGGGAGGCUGGAGCUGCUAUCGUAGACGCCGAUGUGGUGGCCAGAGAGGUGGUGAUGCCCGGUCGCGGCGCGUACAAGGAGAUCGUGCGCUACUUUGGCGCUGGGGUGCUUAAUGAAGAGGAUGCGACCAUCAACCGCGCGAAGCUCGGAGCUAUCAUCUUCAGCGACCCGGAGAAACGGAAGAAACUCAACGCGGCGACCCACAAGUACAUCAUCUGGGAGAUGUUCAAGCAGCUCGUGUACCAGCGUCUGAUCUGCCGUAAGCGCCUUGUGAUGUUCGAUGCGCCGCUGCUGUUCGAGACCAAGCUGCUCGAGUACUUCUGCUACCCGACGAUCGUGGUGGCGUGCUCGGAGGCGAACGAGCUCGAGCGGCUCAUGAAGCGGGACAACAUGAAGAGAGAAGAUGCGGAGAAGCGCAUCAAGUCGCAGAUGAAACUGCAUGAGAAGGUGGCCAAGGCAGACCUCGUGAUCGAGAAUGACAGCACGCUGGACGACCUACUGCUUCGCACGCGGCGAACACUUCAACGCACGGCUGCGUUGGUUGGCGGGUUGCGCGAGGUGAAGCUAGACUAA